AACGUUUUUAUCGAUGAGCAGUUGAUCCGAAAGUUGUUCCACGUGGCAGCAUGUAAGGCCAACCUGGCAGGGAGGAUAUGGGCCCACCAGUUGUCGAGUAACCGGGUCUUAAGGUAGUUUCUGAGACAGAAACCUGGUACUGGCAGUGCAUCUACGGGGCUUUUACCGUUAGCGCCAGUAACUUGUAUAAAGAAGUGGGGGUUUAAGACAUACAUGCCGGUGGUUUAUUUCUCAGGGUUUUUCUUUGGCCAUGUACAACAAACAAAACAUUGGAUGGUUCAUCAUUACAGGGGCUCUUCUUUGUUAGACUAUGUGGUGCAGUUGACCACAGGAGUUGUGUAGCAUGAAGUUUUUAUACUGUAAAAAUACUACUGUUUUUUUGUGUUCGCUGGAUAUUUCUUGGGAUGGUUUCUGAGAUAUGGUGUUGCAGAAGAGGUUAGACUAUGGAUUCAAUGGCUAUCAGGUGCCUCCUAUACCUCGAGCUACCAGAUCGGCUAGGAGAAGGGGCAUUAUUAGGAGGAAAGCUAAUGGCGAUGGAACAUGUCCCUUUGACUUGUUAGCUACUGUAGCUGGCAAGUUAUUGGGGGAGGGAGAGAGCUCGCCUGAUUCUACGGGUUCUGCUAGAGGGAAGGAGCAAAAUGCAAUUGUGAAAGAUGAGAAGAUAAAAGAAAAAUCUUAUGCUGAAGGUUGUUAUGAGCGGGGGUUCUUCAUUUCUGAGCUUGUCUCACAAGCUCCAGUUGUAAAUCGUUCUUUAAGUGAACUGCCACAUGCUCAAAAUGAUACCAUCUCUGGACCUGCAUCUGUCACUAUGAGUUCUGAUUGCUCAGAGAAGUUCCCCUUUGCUAAACAAUUUGUAAAUGGUGAAAGCAGGGAGGAGGAACAUGGAGUCUUUUCAAGUUGUACAUUAGACACAGAAAGUGAUAAACAGAUUAAAAUUGAGCUGUCAAAUAAUGCUAAAGUUUCUACAAGUAAGGGGGCUGCAAUUUCCAGUUCAGAGUUCCCUGAUGUUUGGGAUAAGAAACCUUCAACACUACUUGUUACUUCAGAUGAUAGUGUAAAAUUAUCUUUGUCUCCGUAUCCUGCUCCUUGUAGGUCCUUUCCGGUGAUCCGGAAUGAUGUAAAGUUAGAUAAUAGAGAUGAUGACGAAAACUCUGGGUGCACUCAACCAAGCACCCCAAAUAAGGCCUCUGGGUCAGCACCACGUGUACGAGAUCGCCCAAUUAAGAAGUUACUAGCUUCCAAAUAUUGGGAAGAAAAUCUAAAAUCUGACAAUGAGGGGCAUGCCAAUACUGGUGGGAAAACAAUGCAUGCUUGCCACAAUAGAAACAGUGCCUACAAGCACCAAAGGUCUCAGAGGGAUUUUCCUUUCAAGAAAAGAAAGCUCUUCAAAUGUGGCUCCUUCUCUAAUUCUGAUGGAGAGAUGAGUACCGAUGGAAUUUGUAGUUCUCCAACAAGUGACUUACAUGGAAAUGCUUCCGGUUAUAGUAAAGCAUCUUCGGGAGGCGGUACAGCAGCUGGGACGUCAGUCUUCAAUGGAGGUCGUGCAUCCUUCAAGCCUAGUGAUUCCUGUGUUAAGUUUAGAAUCAAAUCCUUCAGGGUUCCUGAGCUUUUUGUCGAGAUUCCAGAAAAUGCAACUGUUGGUUCUUUAAAGGGGACCGUAAUGGAAGCAGUGACUGCUAUACUUGGUGGUGGACUACGUAUUGGUGUGGUUUUUCAGGGUAAGAAGGUUAGAGAUGAUAACAAAACCUUAUUGCAGACUGGAAUUUCUCAUGAUUACAAGCUUGAUGCUCUGGGCUUUUCACUGGAGCCCAAUCCCAUUCAAGCUUCUCCACCUCUUGGUCCAGAUUGUCGUUCUUGUGUCCUUCCUUGUGAUACACCUCAACCACUAACAAGGUGCCUAUCUCCUGCUAUUACUGGCAUUCAGCAGGGGAGAUCUGAUGAUCAUACAGGAACAAGUUUGAGUAAUUUUGUUGAAAGUGAUCGUGAUUCUGCUCCAUCUCCUCAUUAUGCGGCAUUGGAGAAAAUUUCUGCAAAUUCAAGAGCAUUGGUUCCAGUAACUGCGGUAAAUGCAGAAGCCUUGGCCGUAGUUCCAUUACGGAAGCCCAAGCGAUCUGAGGCCACACAGCGUCGAAUCCGUAGACCUUUUUCUGUUGCAGAAGUUGAAGCACUUGUUCAAGCUGUUGAGAAGCUUGGAACAGGAAGAUGGCGUGAUGUGAAACUGCGAGCUUUUGAUAAUGCCAAACAUAGAACUUAUGUCGAUUUGAAGGAUAAAUGGAAAACUCUGGUGCACACAGCAAGAAUAUCUCCUCAGCAAAGGAGAGGCGAGCCCGUGCCACAGGAGCUCUUGGACAGAGUCCUCACUGCCCAUGCUUACUGGUCCCAACAGCAAGCCAAGCAACAGAUGAAACAGCCAUCGGACACUUACCUUCUGCUCUAGGAUCACGUCGUGGAAAUGGCUGCACGACGGGGGACUGAAAAAGAGGUUUCCUUAUUUUUUGUCACUGUAAAAUAUCUUAUGUUUAAAAAGUAUUACCAGGGAAAGUUAAUUAGUUAGUACUACAUAUAGUUCCUUGCAUGGAGGGGUUGGAAGCUGGCUCUUUGUAAAUGUUUGAUAGAAUAAAGUGCUUUGCUAACAGAAAUUUUUUCCUGCCAAGAUUUUGGCAUUAAAUGCUUCUUUCCUUGGAAAGAAAUUCUAUCUGGGGUAAGGGUAUUGUACUUAUGUACUUAACUCGUUCAAUAGAAAAGGCAAAAGGGAAAUGUUUUGUUCCC